AUUAAAAGCAGUGCACGGCUGCACUGUUAAACCUGCUACUAUUUUGGCAACAAAUUCUGUUUUAUCCAAACUUUAGUUCGAGAAUAUUGAUCUGGGCCGAUGGAUCGGAUUUUUUUCCCCCAUUGUUUGUCAAAUGCACCCAAACAAAGUUUCUUUUACUUUGCCUCUAUGGAUUGAAGGAGAAAAUAGAAACCUCAGGGUCUGUCACUGCUGAGCUCAGUUUCACAGGAACAUUUGGAACUGAGCACAUGAACACAAGGAGGAAAAAGCAUGUCACAAGAGAGAUCUGGAGCAGCAGCAAACUGCACGUUAACACAAGGUUUUGGCUUUGGAGUCCUUAAGGCUCAGAUGGUGUUGAAGCUGAAUUCUAAUCUCGUCCCAAUUCAGCAAACCCUGGGCAUGUUCCAGAAAUGCCAUGUGAUCUCAGUUUGCAUGUUUCCUGCAAUAUCCAGCACUUGAUAGUUUGAACUUAGCUGUGGCUAGAAAUGGCUCCUCGUAGACUUGGGCUAAUGAAGAAGGUCUGCAUCUUUGCAUUUGUCAUAAUUCCCCUCUACACUGUAUUCUAUAUAAUGUAUUUUCAGAAAGCAAAUCUAUUGCUUAAAAAUGGAUUGAACUGUGAUGAGACCAAGGGACUCCAAUAUAAUUUGGAUCAAGAUAAUACACAAGAGGUAUUGCGUGGUAGAGAGGAUACAAAGAGAUUGAGUAGUGACAAUGCCAGACAAGAUUCUUCUUUCUCACAUUUUGAGAAAACACAGUCAAAUUCUAAAGUUCAUUUUAAGAUAAAUGACAGCAGAUCCAUUAAGACAGAAAUUCCAAUUAAAGAAACUGCUAUUUCAAAGAAUAUUUUGCCUACAUCUGUAACUACCAAGGAAUUAGCCAGGAGACAAGUAAAGGAACAAUUAGUCACUUCUAUCACUCCUACACAAGCCACCAAAGUAAAACUUGCACCUAAUAAACAGAGGAUGAUUUGGAAUGAAGACAGCUCUUCAAGCAAUCUCAACCGCCGCCUACAGACUGUCAAAAACAACUAUGUUGCCAUGAAUAAGUAUGCUGUGAACUUCACUGGAUCAAGGAGAUCAAGGAAGCUGAGCAGCAAAGAAUUGUUAUGUGAACUGAAGCAGAGAGUGGAAGUGGCUUCCAUUCAACUUGGAGAUGAGCCCUUCACAACAUCCAAGUGGCAGGAAUACUUACCGAACAGAAACUUUUCCCAGGUACUCGGGCAUUUCCGAACAUGUGCUGUUGUGGCAUCAGCCGGAUCAAUCCUUCAGUCGAGGCUGGGAAGUGAAAUAGAUGCCCAUGACGCCGUUCUGAGGUUCAAUGGGGCACCUACCACAGGAUUUGAGUCUGAUGUGGGGAGCCGUACAACAAUUCGGAUAGUUAAUUCACAGGUCCUCUCAAGGCCAGAGCACAAGUUUCAUGUUAACAGUUUGUACAAAACAGGUGUCUUAUUGGUGUGGGACCCAGCACCAUAUUCGGGUAACCUUACAGAGUGGUUCAAACACCCAGACUAUGAUUUCUUUGAAAAUUAUAUAAAGUAUCGUGAAAAGAAUCCAAAUCAGCCCUUCUACAUUAUAAAUCCCAAAAUGCAAUGGCAGCUUUGGAACAUCAUACAGGAGAACACGGCUGAAGAUAUCCAACGCAAUCCCCCUUCCUCUGGACUCAUGGGUAUCCUAUUAAUGAUGACCAUUUGUGACCAAAUAGAUGUCUAUGAAUUCCUGCCCUCACGAAGACGAACGGAUCUCUGCCAUUAUUAUGAAAGGUUUCAAGACCAAGCCUGUACGAUGGGUGCUUACCACCCACUGAUGUUUGAGAAAAAUCUGGUGAAGCGUAUAAACCGUGGUUCAGAUAGGGAGAUCUACGUUCAAGGCAAAGCCACCCUACCAGGAUUUGGAACGUUCCAGUGUCCUAAUCCAGAGUAAAUACAACAUUGCAAGCUGUGGAUACUUGAUUCAUUAUCCUGGAUUGUACAUAUUUGCAAAAUCAGUUUUACUAUUGAUCUUAAUUCUGUUAAGUAAUUUUUGAAGGUGAAGACAUUAGGACAUUAUAUGCAUUUCUACUUGUUGGUAACCUGACAGUGGUGUUGCUGUCUUUUCUAAAAUAGUUUUCAUUUUAACAGUAUAUAUUGUGUUUUUAACUUAAUUUUUUUCAUCAGUGAAGUUUCAUUCUCAACACUUUGGUGUAUUGCCUUGUCUGGUAACUUGUCAGCUACUGUAUUAAAACCAGACAUGUACAAAUUGAGAUAGCUGGUUGGCCACUGGGAAAGUCCUGAGGCCUUGGGUCAGGGAGGUUCCAGGUUUUUUAAUCUUUGGACUGGGGGAGUACAUCCAGCUAACAGUAACCAUUAAAGAAAAUGUUUUUUUAAAAAGUCAGUACUCAUUCCUAGAAUCCUUGGUGGGGGUAAGUUUGCUGGUGGGUUACAUUUGCACCUCCCUGCCAGUACCCUCACUGAAAGAUGUUUAAUUGUUAAACCUCUCACUCAUUUAAUCAAAAAUCAUGGCACUGUGAUUUUCCUGUACAGUUAUCUGUUUUUCAGCAACUGCAUCAGACAUGUGGAAUGAUGUCAAAGAACCACUUGUUCAAUCUCAUUAAAUUUUGCACAUAAGGAGA